AUGUCUUCCGACGAAGUAGCAGUGGAGGCCCCGGGUUUCGCCUCCACUACUGAGGAACUCGCUGCCGGCGUGCCUGUCGUCAAUGAAGAGGAGAGCAGCGACGACGAUGCCCCUCUCGCUCGCCGCCGCCCCGCCGCCAACGGCAAGCGCGUGAACGCCGAGUCCAGCGACGAAGACGACAAGCCUCUCGCAAAGAAGCCCCGCGUAUCGGCUGCGAAUGCGAGGAAGCGUCGCAUCGUUGAGAGCGACGAUGAGGACGACGACGAUGACGGAAGCUCUUUCGAAGACCAGAAGCCACCGUCUCGCGCGAAGCCGGCCUCCAAGGGCAAGCCAGCGUCAAAUGGCAAGCCAGCGUCCAAGGGUGCGGCAGCGUCGAACGGCAAGCCCGCCUCCCGAGGACGGGCCGUGCCCAAGCGCAAGGCUGAGUCUUCAGACAGCGACCUGUCUAGCGAGGACGAGAAACCUCUGGCGAAGGCCAAGCCGAAGGCCAACGGCAAGCCUGCUUCCAACAGAGCUGCGGCAAAGAAGGUCAAGCCCGAGCCUGAGAGCAGCGAUGAUGAGAAACCUCUCGCCCGCACCAAAGCGAAACCCGCACCGAAGGGCAAGGCCGCGUCUGCCAAGAAGGACGUCAAGCCGAAUGUCAAAGACGAGAAGAAGCCUGCCGCGAAGCGUGGCAAGACAGAGGAGGAGGAAGACAUGUUCAAGUGGUGGGAGAACCAGAACGAGGACAACUCUGUCAAGUGGACGACCUUCCAGCAUAACGGUGUCUUGUUCCCGCCGCCAUACGUCCCGCUACCGAAGAACGUCAAGAUGAAGUAUGACGGCAAGCCCGUCACUCUGCCUCCAGAGUCCGAGGAAGUCGCCGGCUUCUUCGGUGCAAUGAUCGAGACCGAUCAUGCCAAGGAUCCGGUGUUCCGAGCCAACUUCUUCCGUGACUUCAAGGAGAUGUGCGAGGAGUAUCCUCCCGCUGAAGGUGUCAAGAUUACCAGCCUUGAGAAGUGCGAUUUCUCCGACAUUUACCAGUACUUUGAGAGCGAGAGGGAGAAGAAGAAGGCUCUGUCCAAGGAGGAGAAGAAGGCGAUCAAGGAGGCCAAGGACAAGCUGGAGGAGCCGUACAUGUACGCUCUUAUCGACGGACGCAAGGAGAAGACCGGCAACUUCCGUGCUGAGCCGCCCUCCUUGUUCCGUGGCCGUGGUGAGCACCCGCGCAAGGGUACGCUCAAGCAUCGUCUGCGCCCUGAGGAUAUCGUGAUCAACAUCGGCAAGGACGCCCCCAUCCCUGUUCCGAACAUCCCUGGAAAGUGGAAGGGCAUCCAGCAUGACAACACUGUCACCUGGCUGGCGCACUGGAAGGAGAACGUCAACGGCCAGUCCAAGUACGUCUUCCUCUCUGCUGCCUCAUCUUGGAAGGGUCAAAGCGACCGUGCAAAGUUCGAGAAGGCUCGUGAGCUCAUCAAGCAUGUCGACAAGAUCCGCCGCAUCUACAACACCGAUAUGAAGAGCAAGGUCAUGGCCGACAGGCAGCGUGCUACCGCGCUCUACUUCAUCGAUCGCCUGGCCCUCCGUGCGGGUAACGAGAAGGGUGAAGACGAAGCAGACACUGUUGGCUGCUGCUCUCUCCGUUACGAGCAUGUCACUCUCGAGCCGCCCAACAAGGUCAUCUUCGACUUCCUCGGUAAGGACUCGAUGCGUUUUCACCAGGAAGUCGAGGUCGAGCCCCAGGUUUUCAAGAACAUCAAGCUGUUCAAGGCUGAACCAAAGAAGACUGGCGACGACAUCUUCGACCGUCUGACCACUACUGGUCUGAACAAGUGGCUGCAGGACCAGAUGAAAGGUCUCACCGCCAAGGUGUUCCGUACCUACAACGCCUCGUGGACCUUCCAAGAGCAGCUCAAGAACACACCUAAGAACGGUACUGUCGCGGAGAAGAUCGCUGCCUACAACACCGCCAACCGUGAUGUCGCCGUUCUCUGUAACCAUCAAAAGUCCGUCAGCAAGAACUUUGCGGAAUCGUUUGCCAAGGCCAACGACAAGAUCCGAGCUCUGAAGUACCAGCGCAUGAAGCUUCGCAAGCAGCUCUUCAACGUGAACCCAAAGAUCAAGAAGAAGCGCCCUGAGCUUGCCGAGGACGAGUCCGAUGUCGACGAUGAGUUUAUCGAGCGACACGAGGAGGAGCUCAAGGAAAAGGCUAUGGAGAAUGCUCGCAAAAAGUUCGAGAAGGAGAACGUCAAGCUCGAGGAGGACGGCAAGAAGCCGCAGGGCGCCAAGGUGCUGAACGAGCGAUUGGCGGAGAUCAAGGACGAGUUCAAGCAGCUGGCGAAGGAGCGGAAAAAGGCGUCCAUCGAGCCUAAGAAGAACAUGACGGAGGAGCGACUGCUGAACGCCAUCAGCAAGCUGGACGACCGCAUCGCCACUGCCAAGGUCCAGCUUGGAGACCGUGACAAGCUCAAGGACGUUGCCCUCGGCACAUCGAAGAUCAACUACAUUGACCCUCGUCUCACGGUCGCUUGGGCGAAGAAGUAUGACGUGCCCCUUGAGAAGCUCUUCUCCAAGACUCUCCGCGAAAAGUUCCCCUGGGCGGAAGCUGAGGCGGACGCAGACUGGGUCUUCUAA